CAGCCUAUCCGUCGAUUGAGGUUUAUAUAGUGGUCCCUGGGCCUGGUGAGCCAGAUCAUCACUCCUGUAGAGGACGGGCUCCAGGGAGAUUUACCAGGAUGAGUAAGAUAACUUUCUACGAGGACAGCAACUUCCAGGGGCGCUCUUAUGAGUGCGAUGCAGACUGCGCUGACAUGCACCCCCAUUUCAGCCGCUGUAACUCCAUCAAGGUAGAUAGCGGCUGCUGGGUGCUGUACGAGCGUCCCAACUACACAGGCUAUCAGUACGUGCUGACCAGAGGGGAGUACCCAGAGUACCAGCACUGGAUGGGAUACAAUGACAGCAUCCGCUCCUGCCGUACCUUCUCCUAUACUAGCGGAGGCCCAUACCGCAUGCGCAUCUAUGAACGCCCCAACUUCCAGGGCCAGACGAUGGAGUUCGCCGAGGACUGUGAGUCUGUCCAGGAACGCUUCCGCAGCCGUGAUGUCUACUCCUGUAACGUUCUGGAGGGCUACUGGACCCUCUACGAACACCCCAACUACCGCGGCCGCCAGUACUUCAUGAGGCCUGGAGAGUACAGGAAGUUUAGUGACUGGGGCGCCACAUGUGCCACCACUGGCUCCUUCCGUAGGAUCACCGAGUUUUAGAUAAGAACACCUUCUCUGCCUCCCUAAACGCAGCUCGUCUCUAGUUGGCACUGGCUUGUCAAUAGAAGAGUAUGCCUAUUCUAACACACAGGACUGUGUCAAUAUAUUUUAUGAAUUUGAAAUAGAUAUUUGGUCAUUAUUAAGUUACAAAGGUAACUCUGAAUGAGUCUGAAUAAAUGAAUCUAUUGUGAAUGUUUCCUGUGAUAUUUUUUUUAAUAGGCUAGCUAAACAGUUUGGGUGAAGUUGAAACCAAUUCACUGCAACACAUACUGUAAAUGCAGUUUGGUGAGAGGCCAGUAGUAAGGGAACCAGUUUGAUAUGGAUCCAGUUUAUAUUCAAAUCGUGUACUUACAGCGUUGGGGGAGUGCCAAGAUAGAGGCACUGUGGCUUCAACACAGCGCCCCUAUUUGUGAUCUAGUGUAUAUUUAAAUAAUUGGUUUAGGAGUAUAAUAUAGCCUGAAGUUGUGUGCUCUCUCUCAGAUCAAAGUAAGAGGAAAAUAAUUGAUUUGCUAAUGGCAUAUAUGCAAAUCUGACAUGGACAAUAUAAUACAGCCCAUUCUGAUAUCAAGUCUGCAUGGUCCUCUGAAGACCGUGACACAGCACUCUUCCGCACAGCUUUAGAGAGUGGAUGGAUGGAUGGGUGGAUGGAUGGAUGGAUGGCGGGCAGGGUCUGGGUGCUAUUGGCUGCCUCUCCUAUAGAUGUGUUCACCCAGGGUUCUAUGCCAUAAAUAGUGCAACACAGGAUUACACUGUUGAAAACAUACCAUGUUGGCAAAGCUCCCAAUUGGAAAAACGGGCCACACACAAAAGCAUGGAAUUUCAUGUGUGAGUUUUUAUUGUUUUGAAAGGAUUCCCCUAUGAAUAUGUAACACAUAUCAUAGCAACACGUGUUUGGUAUCUUCCUGUAAAGAGAACUGUAUACUCAUCAUAUACAGUAAAUGGCUAUCAGAUCUAUCAAUCAACAUACCACCCAGCUAAACAUGCACAAUCACAGAUCAAAUUGUUUUAUAAGAUCAUUAUGAAGUAUUUUGACUAUACCAACAACGUAUAGCUAUAAUACAUAAACACUUAGUCCAUCAACCUCAAGUGAUUGAAAUGCAUACAUUUGUGAUGAUUUGAGUACACAAUAUCAAAUGAAAUAUGACGGCAAAUGACUUAAUUUGAUUAAAUUGCUUGUUAACCUGGGUCUGUUUUAGCAAUUGUGAUACUUUCUCUGACUGGCAUCAGCUCAUUGAUCUUUCCAGUGCCUGCCUGUCAAUGAUGUGUGCAGCUUUUUCUGGACGCUAGGAUAUGAACACAGCCAUCACCAUGGUUGGACAAGAGUAGCAAAACUCCUGUAUGUUGUGUUUGUGCUGACAUGCUGGCAUGACUGAUUUGAAUAACAACACAUGCAAUGUUAUCUUUCCCCCUAGGGGAAUGUAUAUAAAGAUAAGCCACCUCAUUGGCCACCAGCACAGCAAGCAGAACGAGCAGCUCACCAACCAAACGCAAAUAUGAUGGGAAAGAUCAUCUUCUACGAGGACAAGAACUUCGGUGGCCGUCACCAUGAGUGCAUGAGUGACUGCGCUGAUCUUCACUCCAUGUUCAACCGCUGCCAAUCCAUCAGGGUGGUGAGCGGUAUGUUCAUGAUCUACGAGCGCCCCAACUUCAUGGGACACCAGCAUUUCCUGAGGAAGGGAGAGUACUCCGACUACAUGCGCAUGAUGGGAAUGAACGAGUGUGUCAAGUCCUGCCGCAUGAUCCCCAUGCACCGUGGUAACUUCAAGAUGAGGUUGUACGACCGCUCUGACAUGGGAGGCCAGAUGAUGGAGCUGGAUGACGACUGCCCCAACUGUAUGGACCGUUUCCGUAUGUCCGACUUCAACUCCUGCAACGUGAUGGACGGCCACUGGCUGAUGUACGAUCAGGCCAACUAUAGAGGACGCCACUACUACCUGAGGCCCGGCCAGUACCGUAGAUACAACGACUGGGGAGGCAUGAGCUCCAAGAUCGGCUCAAUCAGGCGCAUUAUGGACCUCUAAAGAAGGAAGGGUCCUUGUAAAAUGUCUACUUUAUGCCCUGUUUCACACACUGAAUAAAAUGGUGUCAGUGCUCAA